AAUUCGCACCCCGCCCCGAGAUGUUUUGGAUAGCGCUCUGGCUCGUAGGUAUUGCACGAUGUCACGGUGAUAGCCGUGUCACGGACGCCAAUCUGUUCAUGGACUCGGUGUUCCUCACUCAGAUGCCCAAGGUCGUGGCAUCCGCAGGGCUAGAGCCAGUCAAGCUCAGCCCUUUCGGGGUAUCGGUCGUGCCUCCCAAACUUGGCGAUAGUCGGUCCCUGAUGCCCGCUUCUGAUUGGAGUUUCGAUGAGAUUGACCUCCAGGGCUUAUCUGAUGUUGUCCGAUCUGAGAACUGUUCUGCGGUGGCGAUUCGAGCCGGGAACAUCACAGUGACUUGCAGAGUGUCCCUUGGAAGACUUCGAGUCGCCCUGACAGGCUCCGUCGUUUGGGAUGAUUCGAGAGAGAAGAGGCAGCCGGCGCGAACUUUGGCUCAAUUGACGCGGAGCUAUGCGGUCGUGGUCGCUGCAGGCCCCCAACGCUACAAGCCUGGCUCGCUCAUCAGAUUCGAUGUGACGGAUCUCAACUUGGUGUAUGCUCCGAACUACGAGCCACUUUCAAAGAAGCUGUCGAAGAAACUCAGGUCUCGCGUGAAAAAAAUUCUUGAGACGGAAUAUCGCGCGGCCCUUGUACGAGCCGUCGCCAGAGUCAACCUCCCCGCGGCCUGAAUAAGUUUUCCUCCCUUCAUUCUUCCUGCCCAGCAUCUUUAUUUUUCGCCCGAAUCCCGAUCGAAACCCCGAUUUUUCGUGGAAAUAAUAAAGGAUGAGAAUUCAGU